AUGGCGAUUACCACGGAACAUCGUUCACGGUACAAGAGGAAAACAAAAGCAAUGGAUCAAAGGUUAGAGAUUGGAACAAAUGCAAAAGAGAUGCGGGAUCAACUACAAACACAAAAAGGGAAAAGCCCCAUAAUCAAUAGUGGAGAUGACAACGAAGAUCCCGUCUACCCUCCGGGGUUUGUCCCAGCGGACGUUCAGACACAACCUGAUGUGUACCCAAGAAGGCCAUCAGUCACAAUCAGGCCUCAACCAUUUCAAGCCGGUGUCUCGGCACAGAUGAAUUAUCAGACUGGUUCGGGCUCUAAUCCGGGGGACAAUCCGACCAACCCUGUGCCCAAGUUCAAAACUCCAGAAUUUGAGAAAUACAAUGGGACUAGCUGUCCCGAAGCUCACAUCACUAUGUUCUGCAGACGCAUGGCAGGCUAUGUCAAUAAUGACCAACUAUUGAUCCACUUGUUUCGUGAAAGUCUAGUUGGGGCCUCUUCUAGGUGGUACAACCAACUGAGUCGUAACCAGAUCAGUUCAUGGAGGGAUUUAGCACAGGCUUUCAUGAAGCAGUACAGUCACGUGACAAACAUGGCCCCUGAUAGAGUCACGUUACAGAACAUGGAGAAGAAACAAAAUGAGAGUUUCAGGCAAUACGCCCAAAGAUGGAGAGAGGUAGCAACGCAAGUUCAACCACCUCUUCUAGAGAAAGAAACGACCAUGCUCUUUAUCAACACGCUGAAGGCUCCAUUCAUCAACCACAUGCUAGGGAACGCUACUAAAAGCUUCUCAGACAUAGUAAUGUCUGGAGAAAUGAUAGAGAACGCGAUAAGAUGUGGAAGGAAUGAAGCAGGGGAAAGUGCUAAGAGACCAGCCCCGAGAGGGAAAGAGAAUGAUGUGAACAACAUGAGUAUACAUAAUAAGCCAGUCACUAUGAGCCAACCAAAAGUGGUGACUACUAGCCAUCAGGGCUUCGCAAGACGAGACUUCAACCCAAGGCAUAACACGGAAAGGGUCCAGUUUACGCCUAUCCCAAUGUCCUACAAGGAAUUGUACCAGAGUUUAUUCGAUGCCCAUGUAGUGUCGCCCUUCUAUCUAAAGCCGAUGCAACCCCCAUUCCCCAAAUGGGCUCUAGUACAAGGGUUAAUGGAUAAUAAAGAGCUGGAAUUCUUCAAGUAUGCUAGGAGCCCAGAAAGAACAGACGUGUGUGCUUCAGAAGAAGGGUCGACGAGAAACGCUUGUAAAAUCAACCACCCAUUGGUUAUCAUAUCACGCUUAAGAACUAAUGAAGACGGGACACAAGUCACCCCCAAAGUUGUGAUCCAGAAGCUCGUUGCUUUCCCUUAUAAAGAUAGCAAGAGGGUACCAUGGAAUUACAGCUGCAAUGUGAUGAUCCCAGGAAAGAAGAGCCCGGCCAGUGCUUCACAACAAAACCAAGAUGUAGGUUUUUUUACACGCGAUGGGAGAUGUUAUGUUCAGAAGUACAGGAACCAAAAUUGCCAAGAAAGAAUCCCAACAGUUGAGCAAAGGAAAGAAAAGACGAUCGGGGAAUUCUUAAAAUUUUUAAAACACAGUGAGUACAGCGUCGUGGAACAGUUACAUAAGCAACCGGCUCGCAUUUCAGUGCUAGCUUUACUUUUGAGCUCAAAAAAGCAUCAGAGCGCGUUAAUGAAAGUGCUGAACGAGACAUACGUCGCGUAUGACAUCUCUGUUAACAAACUAGACCGCCUGGUCAACAAUAUCAGCACCGACAAUUUUAUUUUCUUUAACGACAACGAAAUACCACCAGGAGGUAUGGGGUCCACAAAGGCCCUGCACAUUACCACGCGUUGCAAGGGGCACACAUUACCGGGUGUAUUGAUCGAUAAUGGAUCAGCACUGAACGUCUUACCCCUAUCCACACUGAAUAGGUUGCCCGUGGAUAGUUCCCAUAUGAAAACAUGCCAAAAUGUAGUAAGGGCAUUUGACGGUACUGAAAGGAAAGUGAUGGGGAGGAUUGAAUUAUCCCUUCAAAUCGGUCCUAGCACGUACGAGGUAGACUUCUUAGUAAUGGACAUCAAACCCUCUUACAAUUGCCUAUUGGGAAGACCAUGGAUCCACUCGGCGGGGGCAGUGCCGUCAUCAUUACAUCAGAAGCUCAAACUUAUAACGGAGGGUCGAUUGGUGACUAUAAAUGCGGAGGAAGACAUCAUUGCAUCUGUUACCAGCAACGCAUCAUAUGUGAGGACAGAUGAUGAAGCCAUAGAAUGUUCUUUUCGAUCGUUGGAGUUUGUAAAUGCGACCUUUGUUGUCGAAGGAAAUAAAGUCCCGACACCUAGACUUUCCAAAACCACAAGAAUGGGACUACAACUGAUGGUUGAGAAGGGAGCCUUGCCAGGGAAAGGACUUGGAAGAAGCCUACAAGGAAGGGUCAAAAGGAUGGUAGAACACGAGGAGAAACAGAUUCUACCCCACAAAGAGACCGUAGAAGUCGUGAACUUGGGAGAUGAACUAGAAAGGAGAGAAGUAAAGAUCGGAACUUACAUCACCACAGAGACAAAGCGAGACCUUAUUAAGUUACUCCAAGAGUUCAAGGAUGUCUUUGCAUGGUCAUACCAGGAUAUGCCUGGGCUAAGUACUGACAUUGUGGUACACAGGCUCCCCAUCAAAGAAGAAUACAAGCCAGUUCAGCAAAAGCUUCGAAGGAUAUGGCCCGAUGUUCUGUUGAAGAUAAAAGAGGAAGUCAAGAGGCAAUUUGAUGCUGGUUUCUUACAAGUAGUUAAGUACUCGGAAUGGGUAGCCAACAUCGUCCCCGUCCCUAAAAAGGAUGGAAAGGUACGGAUGUGUGUAGACUACAGAGACUUAAACAAGGCCAGCCCGAAAGAUAAUUUCCCGUUGCCUCAUAUCGACACCUUAGUGGACAAUGAUAAUUUCCCGUUGCCUCAUAUCGACACCUUAGUGGACAACACGGCAGGUUACUCACUUUUCUCCUUCAUGGAUGGUUUCUCGGGGUACAAUCAGAUCAAGAUGCAUCCUGAAGACAUGAAUAAAACCAUAUUUGUGACCAUGUGGGGAAUCUUUUGCUAUAAAGUAAUGCCAUUCGGAUUGAAAAAUGCAAGAGCAACAUAUCAGAGAGCCAUGGUAACCCUAUUUCAUGAUAUGAUGCAUAAAGAAAUUGAAGUCUAUGUCGACGACAUGAUCGCCAAAUCUCGGACAGAAGAAGAGCAUGUGCAAGUCUUGAGGAAAUUAUUUUCGAGGUUGAGAAAAUUCCAGUUGAAACUCAACCCCGUAAAAUGUACCUUCGGAGCCAGGUCAGGAAAAUUACUAGGAUUCGUGGUCAGUGGAAAAGGGAUUGAGAUUGACCCAGACAAAGUCAAAGCCAUACAAGAGUUACCUCCACCACGCACUCAGAAGGAAGUUCGAGGAUUCCUAGGAAGACUAAAUUACAUCGCUCGGUUUGUUUCACAACUAACCGAGAAAUGUGAUCCCAUAUUCCGUCUCCUUAAGAAACACAACCCUGGUGGUUGGGAUGAGGAAUGCUAGAAGACCUUCGACAAAGUUAAGCAAUAUUUGUCUAAUGCACCAGUAUUGACACCACCUAAUCCAGAUAAGCCAUUGAUACUGUAUUUGACGGUAUUUGAAAAUUCUAUGGGAUGCGUACUUGGCCAACACGAUGAAUCGGGAAGGAAAGAAAAAGUGAUAUAUUACCUCAGUAAAAAGUUUACUGAGUGUGAGACGAGAUACUCGUUCAUUGAAAAGUUGUGUUGUGCCUUGAUUUGGACAACCCGAAGACUGAGACAAUACAUGUUGUACCAUACAACUUGGCUGAUCUCUAAAAUGGAUCCUCUGAAGUACUUGAUGGAGUCAACUGCCUUGAACGGGAGAAUGGCCCGAUGGCAAAUUCUACUUUCUGAAUUCGAUAUAGUCUAUGUGAACCAGAAGGCCGUAAAAGAGAGUGCGAUAGUAGAUUUCUUAGCCAGCAGAGCCCUAGAGGACUAUGAGCCUCUGAACUUUGAUUUCCCAAAUGAAGAUCUAAUGUGCAUAGCAACCACCGAAGAAGACCCUCAAGAGGGUCACCCUUGGAAGCUAAACUUUGACGGAGCAUCAAAUGCCAUGGGUAACGGAAUCGGGGCAGUUCUGGUGUCCCCGAGUGGAGAUCAUUAUCCAUUCACUAGUAAAUUGGAUUUCGACUGCACGAACAAUAUGGCAGAAUAUGAGGCAUGCAUCAUGGGAAUACGUGCGGCCAUAGAACGUAAAAUCAAGGUGUUAGAGGUAUAUGGAGAUUCUGCCCUAGUGAUUUAUCAACUCAAAGGUGAAUGGGAGACAAGAGACCCCAAACUGAUCAAUUACCGGAGGUUGAUCCUUGAGUUAAUUAAAGAGUUUGAUGAUAUUGUCUUCUACUACCUCCCACAAGAAGAAAAUCAGAUGGCUGACGCCCUAGCAACUUUGGCCUCU